CACCAGUCAGCAAAGUGAAUAAGUAUUGUGCUUCUUCCAACUUUCAUUCCACUUGGGGAAAGAAGAACAUCAUCAUGUCAAACAUUACGAUUGACCCAGAUGUCAAGCCCGGUGAAUAUGUCAUCAAGAGCCUCUUUGCAGAAUUUGCUAUUCAAGCUGAAAAGAAAAUUGAAGUUGUAAUGGCUGAACCCUUGGAGAAGCUGUUGUCCAGAUCUCUUCAGAGGGGUGAAGAUCUUCAGUUUGACCAGUUGAUAAGCUCUAUGAGCUCAGUAGCAGAGCACUGUCUGCCUUCCUUACUUCGCACGUUGUUUGACUGGUACCGACGCCAGAAUGGAACUGAAGAUGAGUCUUACGAGUACAGGCCUCGAUCUAGCACAAAGUCUAAGGGGGAUGAACAGCAACGUGAAAGAGAUUAUCUUCUUGAAAGGAGAGACUUAGCAGUAGAUUUCAUUUUUUGUUUAGUUUUAGUUGAAGUUCUAAAGCAGAUUCCUGUUCAUCCUGUACCCGAUCCCUUAGUUCAUGAAGUUCUAAACUUAGCUUUUAAGCACUUUAAACAUAAGGAAGGUUAUUCAGGAACCAACACUGGGAAUGUGCAUAUUAUUGCAGAUUUAUAUGCAGAGGUCAUAGGGGUUCUUGCCCAAUCAAAGUUUCAGGCUGUAAGGAAGAAGUUUGUGACCGAAUUAAAAGAACUGAGACAAAAGGAACAAAGCCCACAUGUGGUACAGAGCGUCAUCAGCUUAAUAAUGGGAAUGAAAUUUUUUCGAGUAAAAAUGUAUCCUGUAGAAGAUUUCGAAGCAUCAUUUCAGUUUAUGCAGGAAUGUGCUCAGUAUUUCUUAGAAGUAAAAGAUAAAGAUAUAAAACAUGCUCUUGCUGGUUUAUUUGUGGAGAUUCUUAUCCCUGUAGCUGCUGCUGUUAAAAAUGAAGUGAAUGUUCCCUGUUUGAAAAACUUUGUGGAGAUGCUUUAUCAGACUACUUUUGAACUGAGCUCCAGAAAGAAGCAUUCAUUGGCUUUAUAUCCACUAAUUACCUGCCUUUUAUGUGUCAGUCAGAAACAGUUUUUUUUAAAUAACUGGCAUAUUUUCCUACAGAACUGUUUGUCACAUUUAAAGAAUAAAGAUCCUAAAAUGUCUCGAGUUGCACUGGAAUCUUUGUAUAGAUUGUUGUGGGUUUAUGUAAUUAGAAUAAAAUGUGAAAGCAACACUGUAACUCAAAGUCGUCUUAUGAGCAUAGUGUCAGCACUUUUUCCAAAAGGCUCGCGAAGUGUGGUUCCUCGUGACACACCUCUCAAUAUAUUUGUGAAGAUUAUCCAGUUCAUUGCUCAGAGAAUGAACAUCGGCCUCCGAGUCUUCCUGGUAAUAGCAGACAGUCUGCAGCAGAAGGAUGGGGAACCGCCCAUGCCCACAACAGGCGUCAUUCUUCCCUCGGGAAAUACGCUCCGUGUAAAGAAAAUCUUUCUCAAUAAAACCUUGACAGAUGAAGAAGCAAAAGUCAUAGGAAUGUCAGUUUACUAUCCUCAAGUAAGGAAAGCGUUAGACAGCAUUCUCAGACAUUUGGACAAAGAAGUCGGGAGACCGAUGUGCAUGACGAGUGUGCAGAUGUCCAAUAAGGAGCCCGAAGAUAUGAUCACGGGGGAAAGAAAGCCCAAAAUUGAUUUGUUUAGAACUUGUAUUGCUGCUAUUCCGAGGUUGAUUCCUGAUGGUAUGAGCAGAACUGACCUCAUUGAAUUGUUAGCAAGGCUCACAAUUCAUAUGGAUGAAGAACUGCGUGCUCUGGCUUUCAAUACUCUGCAGGCACUAAUGCUUGAUUUUCCAGAUUGGCGGGAGGAUGUUCUUUCAGGAUUUGUUUAUUUUAUUGUUCGUGAAGUGACUGAUGUCCAUCCCACGCUUCUUGAUAAUGCCAUAAAGAUGUUGGUACAAUUAAUAAAUCAGUGGAAACAAGCAGCCCAAAUGCAUAACAAAAACCAGGACUCACAGCAUGGUGUAGCUAAUGGAGCUUCUCAUCCCCCUCCUCUGGAAAGGGGCCUGUAUUCCAGUGUGUUCCACGUAGUCGAAGGCUUUGCACUUGUCAUUCUUUGUAGCAGUCGACCUGCCACUAGGAGAUUAGCCGUCAGUGUCCUUAGAGAAAUACGGGCUUUAUUUGCACUUUUGGAAAUACCUAAGGGUGAUGAUGAAUUAGCCAUCGAUGUGAUGGACAGGCUGAGCCCAUCCAUUCUUGAGAGCUUCAUACAUCUUACUGGGGCUGAUCAGAUUCUCAGUGCAAGUGGUGGCCUUGAUAACGAAACACAUUUCCUCAACAACACUUUAUUGGAGUAUGUUGAUUUAACUAGACAACUCCUGGAGGCAGAAAAUGAAAAAGACUCAGACACGCUGAAGGACAUACGAUGCCAUUUUAGUGCCUUAGUGGCGAAUAUCAUUCAGAAUGUUCCAGCACAAUCAGCUGCCUUCAGAGCUCUGUUGGAAGAGAGAAUCACACUGAAGAGUCUGGUGCAUCAGUUGGGCUGUGAAGCGGUUACGUUGCUGCUGGAGCUGAACCCUGACCAGAGCAACCUGAUGUACUGGGCCGUGGAUCGAUGUUACACGGGUUCCAAGAGGGUGGCAGCCGGCUGCUUUAAAGCUAUAGCUAAUGUAUUCCAGAACAGGGAUUAUCAGUGUGACACAGUGAUGCUCCUAAAUCUGAUACUGUUUAAAGCAGCUGAUUCAUCUAGAAGCAUCUAUGAAGUUGCCAUGCAACUUUUACAGAUUCUGGAACCGAAGAUGUUUCGCUAUGCUCACAAAUUGGAGGUUCAGAGAACAGACGGGGUGCUCAGCCAGCUGUCCCCUCUGCCGCACCUGUAUUCUGCUUCUUAUUACCAGCUGUCCGAGGAGCUGGCACGGGCCUAUCCUGAGCUCACUCUCGCCAUGUUCUCAGAGAUAAGCCAGAGAAUCCAGACGGCCCAGCCCGCCGGGCGGCAGGUGAUGCUGCGCUACCUGCUCCCCUGGAUGAACAACAUCGAGCUGGUGGAUCUGAAGCCUCUGCCCACAUCCAGGCGACACGAUGAAGACGAAGACGAUUCAUUAAAAGACCGAGAACUGAUGGUGACGAGCAGGCGCUGGCUCCGGGGAGAGGGCUGGGGGUCCCCCCAGGCCACGGCAAUGGUUUUGAACAACCUGAUGUACAUGACAGCAAAGUACGGAGACGAGCUGGCCUGGUCAGAGGUGGAGAACGUGUGGACCACGCUUGCGGACGGCUGGCCCAAAAACCUGAAGAUAAUCUUGCACUUUUUGAUCAGCAUUUGCGGGGUGAAUAGUGAACCAAGCCUCUUGCCUUACGUGAAGAAAGUCAUCGUGUACUUGGGUAGAGACAAAACGAUGCAGUUGCUGGAAGAGCUGGUGAGUGAGCUGCAGCUGACCGACCCCGUCAGCUCCGCCGUGGCGCACAUGGACAACCCGCCCUACUACCGCAUCUCCUCCAGCUGCAAAAUCCCUUCUGUCGCCUCAGGAACUACUUCCAGUAGCAAUACCAUGGUAGCUCCCACAGAUGGCAAUCCUGAUAAUAAGCCUGUCAAAGAGAACAUUGAAGAGAGCUAUGUGCACCCGGACAUCUACAGUGGGCUCAACAAUCAUUUGAAUCGCCAGCAUCACAGGCUAGAAUCUCGAUACAGUAGCAGCUCUGGAGGAUCUUACGAAGAAGAAAAAAGUGACUCAAUGCCACUUUAUUCUAAUUGGCGGCUGAGAGUGAUGGAGCACAACCAAGGAGAGCCACUGCCCUUGCCACCAGCUGGAGGCUGCUGGUCGCCACUGGUGGAUUACGUGCCUGAAACGCCAUCACCUGGAUUACCUCUUCACAGGUGUAACAUAGCGGUGAUCCUCUUGACUGACCUGAUCAUCGAUCACAGCGUGAAGGUGGAGUGGGGAAGCUACCUCCAUCUUCUUCUCCAUGCAAUUUUUAUAGGGUUUGACCACUGCCACCCUGAGGUGUAUGAGCAUUGCAAACGCCUGCUUCUGCACUUGCUGAUAGUGAUGGGAUCCAACAGUAACAUCCGAACUGUUGCUUCUGUCCUUCUCAGGAACAAGGAGUUUAACGAGCCCAGGGUGCUGACUGUCAAACAGAUUGCACACUUAGAUUAUACCUUCACAGCAGGCGUUAACGAUUUUAUACCCGAUUACCAGCCCUCCCCUAUGACCGACUCAGGGCUUAGCUCAAGUUCUACCUCUUCCAGUAUCAGCUUAGGGAACAGCAGCGCCGCCAUGUCUCAUCUGCACACCACCAUCCUCAACGAGGUGGACGUCGCCGCGGAGCAGGAGGGAAAAGUCAAAACCCUCAUGGAGUUCAUCGCCUCCAGAAAAAGAGGACCCCUUUGGAACCAUGAGGAUGUUUCCCCUAAGAACCCUAGCAUAAAGAGUGCUGAACAGUUAACUACCUUUUUGAAACAUGUGGUUUCUGUUUUUAAGCAGUCAAGCUCAGAGGGAAUUCAUCUGGAACAUCAUCUUAGUGAAGUUGCUCUGCAAACAGCACUUUCUUGUUCUUCUCGACACUACGCUGGGAGAUCCUUUCAGAUUUUCAGGGCCCUAAAGCAGCCUCUUUCUGCAACGACACUUUCUGAUGUUCUCUCCAGACUUGUGGAAACUGUAGGGGACCCAGGAGAAGAUGCGCAGGGAUUUGUGAUUGAGCUUCUUCUCACGUUGGAAUCCGCAAUUGAUACUUUGGCUGAAACCAUGAAGCAUUAUGAUCUCCUUUCUGCCUUUUCUCAAACCUCAUACCACAAUCCUAUAAUGGGAAACAAGUAUGCAGCUAACAGGAAAAGCACUGGACAACUCAAUCUAAGCACAAGUCCCAUGAACAGCAGCGGUUAUUUGGGAUAUAACAGUAAUGCAAGAAGCAACUCUUUGAGAUUAAGUUUAAUCGGCGACCGGAGAGGCGACCGGCGGCGGAGCAACACACUGGAUAUCACGGAUGGACGGAUAAACCACAGCAACAGCCUCGCGAGGACUAGAAGCCUCUCCUCUCUGAGGGAGACGGGCAUGUACGACGUGCAGUCCACUACUGAGCCGGCCAACUUGAUGGCCACCAUUUUUUGGAUCGCGGCGUCUUUACUAGAAUCAGAUUACGAGUACGAAUACCUCCUGGCUCUCAGGAUCCUCAACAAACUGCUCAUCCAUCUGCCUUUGGAUAAAUCAGAGAGUCGAGAGAAGAUCGAAAGCGUACAAAGCAAAUUGAAAUGGAGUAAUUUUCCGGGCCUUCAGCAGCUCUUCCUUAAGGGCUUUACCUCAGUAUCUACGCAAGAAAUGACCGUGCACCUCCUCGGCAAACUCGUUUCCGUCUCCAAACACGCCUUGGUGGAUCCCUCCCGCUUGUCAGGCUUUCCUCUUAACAUCCUUUGCUUAUUGCCUCACUUAAUCCAGCAUUUUGACAGCCCAACUCAGUUUUGCAAAGAAACAGCUAGUCGCAUAGCGAAGGUUUGCGCAGAAGAAAAAUGCCCAACACUUGUCAAUCUGGCACACAUGAUGAGUCUGUACAGCACGCACACGUAUUCCAGAGACUGUUCCAACUGGAUCAACGUAGUGUGUAGAUACCUGCAUGACUCCUUCUCAGAUACCACAUUCAGCCUCGUGAUUUAUCUUGCAGAGCUGUUAGAAAAAGGGUUGUCCAGUAUGCAGCAGUCAUUACUGCAGAUUAUCUACAGUCUAUUGAGUCAUAUUGACCUGUCUGCAGCCCCUGUCAAGCAGUUCAACCUGGAGAUCAUAAAGAUUAUUGGCAAAUAUGUACAGAGUCCUUACUGGAAGGAAGCCCUUAACAUAUUAAAACUGGUGGUGUCACGCUCUGCAAGUCUUGUUGUACCCAACGAUGUCCCCAAGACCUAUGGAGGAGAUAUAGGUUCUCCUGAAAUAUCCUUCACUAAGAUUUUUAAUAAUGUUUCUAAGGAGUUGCCUGGGAAGACUUUAGAUUUCCAUUUUGACAUAUCUGAGACUCCAAUUAUUGGAAAUAAAUAUGGCGACCAGCACAGUGCAGCUGGAAGAAAUGGGAAACCAAAAGUCAUCGCGGUCACUAGAAGUACUUCCUCCACGUCUUCUGGCUCUAAUUCUAAUGCCCUGGUUCCUGUUAGUUGGAAAAGGCCACAGUUAUCGCAGCGAAGAACAAGAGAAAAGCUAAUGAAUGUGCUUUCUCUCUGUGGUCCGGAAUCCGGUCUCCCAAAGAAUCCAUCGGUUGUAUUUUCUUCUAAUGAGGAUUUGGAGGUCGGUGACCAACAGACCAGCCUAAUCUCUACGACAGAGGACAUAAUUCAGGAGGAAGAAGCAGCCGUGGAAGAUAACAGCAGCGAACAACAGUUUGGUGUUUUUAAGGAUUUUGACUUUUUAGAUGUUGAACUGGAAGACGCAGAGGGUGAAAGCAUGGACAAUUUCAACUGGGGAGUCCGCAGGCGGUCACUGGACAGUAUCGACAAAGGGGACACGCCCUCCCUCCAGGAAUACCAGUGUUCUAGCAGCACCCCCAGCCUGAACCUGACAAACCAGGAGGACACGGACGAGUCCUCGGAAGAAGAAGCGGCUCUCACUGCAAGCCAGAUACUCUCGCGCACGCAGAUGCUGAACAGCGAUUCGGCUGCGGAUGAAACGGUCCCGGACCAGCCCGACGCCCUCCUCCCCUCUCGGGACUCCACGGGCAGCGUCACAGCAGAAGAGGUGCUUCACAUCAGAGAUGGGACCCCAAGUCUGGAGGCUUCUCCGGACAAUGCUAACAGCCAGCUGCCUGAGGAUUCCAGUUCAGUAUUAAAGGAGGAACAUGUUACAGCCUUCGAAGAUGAAGGGUCAUAUUUAAUUCAGGAACAGCAGGAUUCUCUCGUGUGUCAGGGAAUUCUUGAUUUAGAAGAAACUGAAGGGCCAGAGCCUCUAGCUCCUGAAAGCUACCCCGAGUCAAUCUGUGAAGAGGACGUCACCUUGGCUUUGAAAGAGCUGGAUGAAAGGUGUGAAGAGGAAGAAGCGGAUUUCUCCGGACUGUCCAGCGUCCUAGAUGGGGAUGCUAGAGAGUCGUGCUCUAGAGAUGGGCACUUUUCCCUGAUUCUUGGAUUAAAAUGGCUGAUGUCAUGCGGUCUGCUGGAAACACUCAAGUUUAGUGUUCUGGAAUUGCAAGAACACCUGGAUACGUACAAUGCCAAAAGGGAAGCAGCUGAGCAGUGGCUAGACAAUUGUAAGAGGACAUUUGGUGCCAAAGAAGACAUGUACAGGAUAAACACAGACGCACAACAAAUGGAAAUUCUAGCAGAACUGGAGCUCUGCCGAAGGCUAUACAAAUUACAUUUUCAAUUGCUGCUUUUGUUCCAGGCCUACUGUAAACUUAUCAACCAAGUAAAUACAAUAAAAAAUGAACCAGAGGUCAUCAACAUGUCAGAGGAGCUUGCCCAGUUGGAAAGUAUCCUCAAAGAAGCCGAGUCUGCGUCAGAAAAUGAAGAAAUCGACAUUUCCAAAGCUGCGCAAACUACUAUAGAAACUGCCAUUCAUUCUUUAAUUGAAACUUUGAAAAAUAAGGAAUUUAUAUCAGCUGUAGCACAAGUCAAAGCUUUCAGAGCUCUCUGGCCCAGUGAUAUCUUUGGCAGUUACGAAGAUGACCCUGUGCAGACACUGUUACACAUAUAUUUCCACCACCAGACGCUGGGCCAGACAGGAAGCUUUGCCAUUGUCGGCUCUAACCUGGACAUGUCAGAAGCCAACUACAAACUGAUGGAACUUAAUCUAGAAAUAAGAGAGUCUCUACGCAUGGUGCAGUCGUACCAGCUUCUAGCACAGGCCAAACCAAUUGGAAAUAUGGUGAGCACUGGAUUCUGAGAGACUUCAGGCAUUUAGGAAAGAAAUGAAACUGAAGAUAAUUACAAAUAUUAACCAAGCACCUUUUACGAACCCUUGCGAUUCACUGAUGACUUUCUGGCAGCAUCUACAAUGACAAUGUAACUAAUGCCAAACUGUAACAAAGAUCUGAAGAAAAAAAUCUAGUUGUUUAACAGCUGCCAAUACCUCCCAUGAUAACUGUAUGAAGAAGGAGUUUUUAAAUUACUUAACCUGUGUGAAAAGAAAAGGGCUAAAAGUGAUGCAUACAAAUACCUUACUUUCUGGAGAAAGAAAAAGGAGUCCAAGAAUGUUUGCAAUAAUGGCCUCUAGUACUGGGGACAUCCGAAAGCAGGUGAGAUGAGGCUGAAAAUCAAGGCUCAUUUUAGCCGAAGACCUGCAAAAGCUACUUGGAUUCCCAGCAGUCAUAACAUGCAUAUCCGCCAGUGAUGCUUACCCAUCUAACAUGAACAUCCACUCAGAUGGACACAUGAAAACUGAUUUGCAAAAACCAUUGAUUUUUUCACUAUGUGGGAUAAGGGUUUGGGGUGUGUUUAUUUUGUUUGUUGGUCUGUAUAAGGAAUUGUGUGUGUGUGUGUGUGUGUGUGUGUUGGGAUGUAUGGUAUGUGAUAGUCAUAUUUUCAAGGUAUGGAUGGUUGGUGAUACUGUCUCAGAGCAUGCCUAAAAGAGCACUGCAAGAUUAUUUUUGAAGAAAUUUUAUUUUAUUAGAUCUAACUCUUCAUAGUGUUGUAAAUGUUAGGACAUUUUAAUAAUAUUUUAAAACUGGGCUUUCCCAGUAUUUGGAAAAGAAAUAAUAUAUCUGUUAACGUUAUUGGAAUGCUGCUCAGUUCUCUGACCAGUGCUUGUAUGUUACACCUGUUGAUAACUAACCAAAGUAGAUGCCUGCAGAGACUUUAAAACUGUAAAAUAAAAAUGUGUGCUGCCUGUCAGCUAUUCUGAUUA